AAAAUAAUUAUGUAUUAUACUAUGAAAACUAAAAUGGUAAUUUACUGUUUCUUUCAUUUUCUUUUUAGUUUACAAAUCUCAACGAACCACAAAGAGGAAUUGGGAAUUGGAUUCAAAAGAGCGCGUCAUUCACAACCGCAUAAAUAGCGCGUGGGUGGAAAGAACGAACCGUUGGCUUGACCGAUCGUGAAGAACUCGAAAUGUUAUGCGCCACCGCAAGUCUCGCCAGAAGAACGCCCAGCAAAAACUCCGAUAACCGCCAUGACCGAUCAUCUUCACCGGCUCCGUUCAACGACCCAUCUCUUCAAACAGGCUUCCUCCUCCUUCUUCUCCAACUUCUUUACUUUCCUCCUCCUCUCUCUUCUUCUUCUCUCCUUCCGCUUACUCGUCGAAAAUGGCACCCACCGUGUCACCUCCUUCAUCGACCAUGACCCCUCUCUCAACGCUCUCCUCUCUCGCCUCGACCCUCCUCCUAACCAAAGUCACCGCGUUGGAUCUCUCGACUCCGCUCGCCACUUCCGCCGCCGUCAUCCCUUUCUUCACUUCAAACGCGUCGGAACGCUGGACGACGACUUAUUCUCCGGCGACGGAGAUGAAGAUCGCAGGCUCUUUGGCGCCGGUAAUGGGUUUUCCCCUAAUCGCAGUUUUGUGAUGUUCACGCAUUUUGACUCGAUGUUAGGGUUUUCGGAUUCCGUGGUCGAUAAUGGGAUUAGCGUUUCGGAGGUUGUUCGCCCUGGAGUUACAUUCAAAGCUCGGAUUACGUCUUUGGAUGUGAAUGAAGACGGUUCUAAAAAUCAGGAUGAAGGGAAUGGAGAUCUUGAGAGGGAAAAUGUCGACGGCCAACAGGAUAUAAACCGAGUGGUCAAUUUACAAUUUGUUAAAGGAUUGGAGCUUGAUAAUUUGGAAACAGCUGCCCUAUUCUUUAUGAGAAAGCAGCUGCAUCCAUUUUUCUUUCAUCUGCCGCAGAAGGUUUUGUUUUGGGAUAAGCUUCUCUGCAGCAUUACAUCUGGGUGCAGAAGUGUGAAGAUAGAGAGCAUAUUAUUUGGAGCAAUCUAACAUAUGGAGAAACUCUGGCAACAAGAGGAGACAAAGCAAGAGGCAAGUCAUGAAAGAUGAAACAUGCUAGAGGAAUAAUGAGUUUCCCUUUUUUCUUUUUCUCUCUUCUUUUGGUAAAAUAAUGUGUUGAAUUGAAACAUACAAAUGAAUUUUUGGGCAUUAUGAUGAUAAAAGUGUGGUGAAAAGGUAGGAUGGGCAAUGCCCCCCAAUAAUUUCAUUGUGAUUCCAACCUAAUCCUCUAUGCUCCCAUAUACAAUAUUCUGCUUAAAACCCUCUUUACUGUGCCAUGCCUUAUGAUUUUA